AUUAAAAAACCAAACAGAGUCUGUACUUGUACUUUAAGUCUAUCUUACACUGCUGAACUUUGGCAAGUCCAGAAUAACGAUUGACUUCUAGAUAACUAGAUGGCGGCUUCGUUUGCCAUGACAGUUUACGUUUACGUUAAGGAAAAGAAGCGAUGAAUGUAUAAGAAUAAUCUGAAUUAAUGUGAAAGAUCUUUUGAGAAUAUCGAAAUGGAUGAGGAUUCGCGUACUUUAUGGUGUGGAAAUCUUAGUGAUAGAGUGACGGAGGAAAUUUUGUAUGAACUAUUUCUACAGGGUGGCCCAAUACAAAAGGUGUCAAUACCCAAGGAUCGUAAUGGAAAACAAAGAACGUAUGGCUUUGUGACAUUUAAACAUAUUGAUUCAGUAGCAUAUGCAUUAGAUCUUUUUGAUGGUACAACAUUAUUCGAUCGCACACUAAGUAUGAAGAAAAGAAAUACCACUGAAAUGGCUCCAGUGCAUACACAAUCGCAAGAGCAGGCUCAUAAUCAUUUGCUUCAGUUAGGAAAUCAAAUGUUAUUAGGAAACCUUAUGCAGGACUUGAGAAUGCAAAUGUAUAAUGUAUAUGUGCCUCCAGGCAUAAUGUCAUAUCCUAGUCAGAUGAAUACUUAUCCAGGUAGUGACGAUAGGAGAUCACAAAGACCGUAUCCAUAUCAACGAGAGUAUGAACAGGACAGACAUUCUCAUAAUCGAAGUCAUAGGUCUCACAGAGAUAGGCAGCCUUCUGACAGGGGAAGUAAUUACUUUAGGCACAAUAAUAAUUCCAGAAGGGAUGGUCGAAAUUAAAACUGUUUUCAGUUUAUAAAAGCUAUAAGCAUAAGAAAUUAUUUUGUAAAAAUCAACAGACAAUGCAGGCUGAAAUAUAUUUUUAAUCUAA